UGGCGCAACGCGAAUUCCACCGCUGGAACUCGUCAUCAGAAACGCGUAUAUGCAAAUCCUUGAUAUUCCAAGGCCCUACUUCAUAGUCGAUAUCUCCAAUACAGGCAGUUUUCACCAAAAGUCUGAACCUCAGCAGCACGCAACAUAGAAACCACUCGGACACUGGAGCCUCAUUGUUUCAGUCAUCACGAAGGGUCCAAGUGAAAUCGCUCAGUCUUGCCUACAUACCAACUGUGGCCGCAGGUUUGCUGCAACCCAGACAAGGUGCAAUAUGCGCCGAGGUCUUUUAGAUUAAUGAAGUUGGAUUGGAAAUGAGCACGGGUGCAAUCCUGGGCCGUUCAUCAAACAGGCCGUUGUCUAUGUAUGGCGCCGGGCAAACUCCUCAAGGGGGAGGGUCGGAUGCGAAUGGCCACGGCACAGCUGGCGACAAUGGAAAGAAGUUACCUGCGCGAGUGUUCCAACAUAUCGAUGACCUUCUAAAGGCGAAGCCCGAAGUCAAUGUACACGCCCCAAUACGACGACUUGUCCUCGAUGCCGAAUCAUACUCUAAACAAGCCGAUACUCACAUCGACUUUCGCCGACCAGAUCUGGCCUUGCAGGACUACAUAAAGGCCUCGAUUAUUGCCAUCGACAUUAUACCGAGGCACAAAGAAUAUCCCGAUUUGAAGGCAGACCGUGGCGAGCUCCAUCGUCUCUAUAGUGCACUGCAGAAAAGGAUAUAUUCCCAGUAUACCCGCUUCGAAGAGGUCAAGGUGGUAAUUAAAAAAAACAAUGCCGAAAGUGGUAUUCGACCUGGGUCCGUGAAUGUAGUUUCAAAUGGGAUCGCUCGUGAAGAUGCGCAUUCACGGGAGCCUCCCGUUGUUCCCAAAAAUGACGCCCAAGCCGUGAAACGCCCAUCCGGCGGAGACAAUAAGAGCCCUGCGCGUACAAAACCCGCGGUUCAUCCCAAACCAAAUGCCUUGCUCGGAAAGGCAAUCGGCAAUCACCAACGGUCGCAAAGCGAGCAAAUCAAGCGAGCCCCGAAUCUUCAUAACGAAGACCUCGAGAGCCGCUUUGCUAGAUUGCGCGCGGUUGAUACGCAGAGCCAAGAUCAACGAUCAAAGGCAUACCCAACACGACCGUUUGUGAAGACAGGCGCAGAGGGCUUUGAUGGGCGGUCAGCAGUACAGUCAAGCAAGUCUCUGGACAGACCGUCUGGACCUCGCGAUAUGCCGAAGGCUUCGUCGGGGCCACCCCGACCUUCAAAGUUGGCUAUGGAUGUUCUGAUUCCCGAUAUGCCUAGACCGCCGGAUGCUAUCUACAGCCCUGACCGUACGAGUCUCGAUGCACGAAGUUUUCCACCCCCCAGGAUUGCCCCAAGGCCAAGCUUGAGUGAACCACGCAAGCCUGCCACUGCACCAACAACGAGCCUUUCAACCCGCACAACCCCUAGUGUGUCCACUGAUACGCUUCCUAAUGGUCAGAAAUCAUCCUCCCCAAGGCCGCCUUUGGACCGUAAAUUGUUUAAUUCGACCACUGUGGUAGCGGAUGAUCUUGUCAAUUAUAUGAAGCAAUGUCGAAUACUAUUUGUCGACAUUCGCUCACGUUCAGCAUUCGACAGCGGCCAUAUCAUGUCACAGUCUAUUCUGUGCAUUGAACCUAUCGCUUUGGUAGAGGAUAUGUCGGCAAGCCAAUUGGAAGAAAGGCUCGUUGUUUCGCCUGACAAUGAAGCAGAUUUGUUUCGAAAGCGUCAGGACUAUGACUUCGUUGUAUAUUAUGACCAGUCAUCGUCUUCAAACCUCUACGCUGACGAAACGAGCAAUGUGGAAGAGAUCCCAUUACGAGACUUCAGCAAAGCUAUUUUCGAAUAUGAUUACAAUAAAAAGUUAAAAUGUCCACCUAAGCUAUUGGUGGGUGGGUUAGAUUCAUGGGUGCAAUUAAUGGGACCUGGCGCUUUGGCUACUUCGGACACUUUACAAGCUGUCACACCUCCAAUUCCUCACCAUGAUUCACCUAUGCGGGCUACAUCAACUUCUUUAAGUUUAGAAAAGCAGUAUCAAUCAAGGCCACUUACACAAGAUGAAGAAUCGAAGUGGCAGAAAAAACUCAUGGAACCGUCAGAUGACUUUGCCGGUCGUUUCCCAGAUAUCGAUACCUUCGAAAAUACGGCCAGAGCUUCCCAAAACAAAAGUAUUGUCGAAAACAGCAUGACUGACUAUUCAUAUGUUGAUGCGCAUGAGGCUGAGCUUAAUUCUUUGGAAUUCAGGGAACCAGCACGUCCUGCCCUCGCCUUGUCCAAACGAAGCUAUCAUGGUGUCUCGGAGAGUGUCUCAUCUUCUGUUUCCGCUCCCCAAAAAUCCAGUUGGGGAUUGUCUGAGGUUGAUUCUAUCUCUCCUUCAGUUUCAGCAAGCGGCAGAACUGGCCUUGAUAAUUUCGGUAACACUUGUUACAUGAAUUCUAUCUUGCAAGCCUUCAGUGCGACUCCAUGGUUUGUAACAUAUCUUCUAGACGGCUCGAUAGACAAGGCUGGGGCACCUCCUCGGAAAAAGGGGGAAGUAAGUGACCCACCACAGUUGAUGGUCAGAAACCUUGCCUUCUUGAUACGACAUCUCUGGAGCGGUCAAUAUAACUUUGUAAAACCUCAGACACUCAGGAAUUAUAUAUAUAGAAUUUGCAACCGUGGGCAUUCGAAUUCCAGGGUUCUUUUCGGCGGCCCGAACCAACAAGAUGCCCAAGAGUUUCUUGACUUCCUUCUAAAUAUAAUUGAAGAUGAAACGAAUCCUGGACGAGAUAGGCCCGAACCUGCGGCCUUAACAACGGCUCAGGAGCAGCAAAUAAGAAACGAAGGCCAUGCAGCAGAAAUUAAGUUUCAUCGGCUAAGAUAUGCGGCUGCACACCAAUCGCCGAUCACUGACAAACUCCUCCUUUGCACGAUGAAGAUUUUCAAAUGCCAAGAAUGUGGCUGGAAGACAACUAACCACAGUGACAACUCUCCAUACCUGAACGUCAGCAUCCCAGACGGACGAGAGUCGAAAUUGUCAGAUUUGCUGAGCCGAAGGUUUAGCAAGGAAGGGAAAGUGAAGGAGGUUUAUGAUGAUGUGAAAUGCGACAAAUGUUUCGCCAUUCAUGGCCGCAAGACACGAAGGUCGGUGACGGAAGUGAUUACUAGGCUUCCGGAUACCCUUAUUCUCGUUCUUGUCCGCCAUACGGCGGAUAUUCGGAGGAACAAUGCGCUUGUCACGUUCCCUCUGGAUGACCUGGAUAUGGACGACUACUAUUACGACGUCCCAGAUGCCGGCAGAGACAGGCUUGGCAAGAGAUCUGCCACACAUUACCGUUGUUAUGCCGUGGUGCAACAUUUGGGUGACAAUUUGCACUCUGGUCAUUAUAUUACUUUGGUCAGAGAUCGAGAGCGCACGAGCCAAUGGUGGGAAUUCAGCGAUCGAAGAAUUCGUACUAUUGAUGCCGCAUUAACCCAAACCAGUAAUUCAUAUAUCAUGUUUUACCAGCGCGUCGAAUAGUCGAAGCCCUUAUUAGAGGAGGGCUUGUGUGUAGACGAGGAUUAUUGAAUAUUAGGGUUCAUUUUGCAUGCAUUUAUAUAGCCGGGCGGAAACCAGCGAUAGCAUAUGACGAGAGCAGGCGUUGAUUGACAGUUAAUGAGAUACCAAUGCAAUGAUUAAAACAGAACUAUAAUUAAAUUAGAGGCUAUUAUGUACUAUUAUAAUUCACUGUUCGGAG